AACACUAUUUUUGUAAGAUGAGGCUCCACCUCCGCUAAUGACCAUCCUAAACUGAUUCUUGUGCAAGAAAAGGAGGAUAAGCUUUUUUGCUUUUACUUCUUGUUGUUGGUUUUUAAGUCUAUAAAUUGGUGUGCCGACGGCGCAGUCUUCCGUCGCUUAUCCUUUCGGCUAUUUUCUCUUUUUCCUCUUAGAGGAGCAACUGUGAUCGGAGCAUCUGCAUCGCCGACAGAUCAGAACCGUCGCGUUCUUUGGAUUUUCGGUGAAGGCGAAAAGUUGAUAUCGAUCGGACGGAUGUCGAUCGCACUGGAGAAACGGGGCGACAUUGGGCGGUCGGGGCUUCUCCAGCGGCCCGCCUGCUUCCCAAUCUACGAGGUGCCAGAGGCGGCGGCAAGGCUUGCGGUGGCGGGGGACGGCGGCGAGGAUUCCUGCAGCUCUUCGUCCAUCGGGAGGAACAGCGACCUCUCUGCCGAUGGAUCGGGGUCGGACGGCGGGGAGGCGGAGGUCCAGAGCAGGUUGAAGGGGCCACUAGAGACCAUGGACGCCCUCGAGGACUCACUGCCCUUGAGGCGUGGCAUCUCCAAGUUCUAUACCGGAAAAUCCAAAUCUUUCACAAGCUUUGUGGAUGCCAAAUCAUCUUCCUCUUGUAAGGAUCUUGCAAAAUCUGAAAAUGCUUAUACCCGCAAGCGCAAGAAUCUUCUUGCCUUCAGUGUUCUAUCAGAUAAGUCUAGCAAGUUAGGAAACAUGGAAGGGCGUAUUUCAAAAAGACCUGCCAGUUCCAGCCGAAGCAUGCUAAGCCCGAUCCUAAACAGUGCCAGCUCCAGCAGCAACAGCUUCAGCAGUGAAGAGGAUAAUGUUCUGGGUCAUCUUCUUCCUCCCCCUCACCAUCAGGGCAAAUAUUCUGGCGAUGCUACUUCAGCUACUGCUGUUUCUCUUUCAACUACUCCAUUCGGUUCCUCCCCGAUGAGAUCAUUCUCAGUGACAGAUCUCCACGGCAUCCUUCGUUCGUCCUCGAUUCAGAUUCAGACAAGGGAUGACCACAAAAAGAAUCAGUAGCUCAAAGAUGUCUCUCUGAAUUGAUUUGGUCCCAUGUCCCCUAUUUUUUUGGAUCAUGGGUUUUCAUCUAUCUGCUUGGUGAUUGUCAGAUGGUUGAUUGAAUGUUUGUACAGGGGAGGAAAUUUAAGUUUGUUUUUGCUAGACAUGAGAGAGUGUCAUAUGAAUGGCCUGACUAGGUCUCUAAUUUACAGGGGUCCUCCUGUCUAUCUGACUCCUUGUGCUUGCAUUUAUAUACUUGUUAUGCCCUGCUCUUCCA